AUGUGGAUAAAACGGAGUGUUGCGCGCAGUGCGUCUGCUCUGAGGCCGGGCAGCUGUGUGGGGCACCGGGUGUGGAUCCUGCUGGCCAUGACUCACCUCACCUUGGACUUCUCCGUGGGCAGCCCCCUCAGCCAGGGCCUGGGGAUCAAACUGACCCCCAAAGCGGCGCCUCGGCCCCGACCCCGCUUGCAGCCCCUCUGGGAGUUGCCCAACAAGCUCCACUGGAGAACAGUGAGCCCACUGGCCCGCCGGCUCCUCAGCCCUGUCCCUCCACCCCAAGACAGCAGAGCAGGGCUAGGACCGAAAGUCAAAGAUCAAAAGUAUCGUAAGCCGGCACGUAAAGGACAAGCAGCCUGCCAGUGGUGCUGGCUAAGGUACUCUCAAGCAGACACCGGGGAUUCUUUGCGUGGAAUACCAGAAGUUCAAGUAGCUUCAUCAAGUGGGAGGUUGUUAAUUAGAAACAGAAGGCAGCUCAAAUGGGACAACUACGACAAGUCUCAGGAGGGCCGGACUACUACAGUGGCUGGAUUUAUUGACUGGGGACCCACAGGGACUGAUAGCAUAGACGAUGGCAAGGCAGAGCUCAAUGUGACUCUGUCCACGAGGGUCUCAACCACCACAGUGGCCACAACCACUAGCACCACAACACGGCUCUCCCAAAGGACGUUCACUGUGGUGACCACAACAGAGUCCAAGAGCACCACCAAGUCCAGCAUCAGCAAAGCAGAGACUGUCAAACCAACAAAGACGUAUGGGGACACACCAGGCUUGGCAGUGCACCAGAUAAUCACAAUCACUGUGUCUCUCAUUAUGGUUAUCGCAGCCUUGAUCACAACACUCGUCCUUAAAAACUGCUGUGCACAGUCUGGAAAUGGCCGCCACAAUAGCCAUCAGCGAAAGAUCCACCAGCAAGAGGAAAGCUGCCAGAACCUGACAGAUUUCACCCCAGCUCGGGUACCCAGCAAGGUGGACAUAUUCACUGCCUACAAUGACAGCCUGCAGUGCUCACAUGAGUGCGUUAGGACUGCUGUGCCCAUCUACACUGAUGAGAUGAUCCAGCAGACACCUGUCUACAAGACAUCUUACAACGGAAACAGGCCCUCCCCCACCGAGAGACAGCUGAUUCCCGUGGCCUUUGUGUCGGAGAAAUGGUUCGAGAUCUCUUGUUGA